AUGCCUCCUCCUCCUCAAACACAUGCCGGCGGAUCCACCUUCGAUAAAAUGAAGAUGGGUGCUGUCAUGGGAAGUUGCGUCGGCUUGACUAUCGGUUUCAUCUUUGGUUCCUUCGCCGUCAUGCGGUCCGGGCCUGGACCUAGAGGUCUCGUAGCGACAUUGUCACAAUAUAUGCUCUCUUCAGCAGCCACUUUCGGUUUCUUCAUGUCCAUCGGUUCCGUCAUUCGAACAGAAUCCCAACACAACUACCUCCUCCCCCCAAUGGAGAACGCCACCAACUCGGCGACUGGCCAACAUUGGCGUAUGGCUUGGAGGCAGGCGGAGGAGAGACGGCGAAUGGAGAAGAUGGAGUAG